AUGGCAUACAAGAUGUUCUCCACCGGUCUACUGUUAGCAUUCGUUGGUAUGUGCUUGUGCCAACAACAAUCCACUUCUAGCUCACCAUCUCAAUACCAGUCUGCCGCUGUAUCCCAAACGUCGUUCCAGACGGGAUCGGCUGUCCAACAGCCACAAACCAAACUGGAAGACAUCGAACGUGACACUCUUGUAGCGGCUUUUGGACAGAAAACCCAACAGCAAUCCAACAAACCAUCAUCCGUGACUCCUUCAGUCCCUCAACAACAACAACAACAACAACAACAACAACAACCGCCGCAGUCCUACCAAACAGUGCCGCAACAACAGUACUUCGUGCAGCCUUACCAUGGGCUACAACAGCAGUUCUUCAUGCAACCGUACCAAGCCCAACCACAACAGUACUUGGCCCAACCUUACCAGAUGGCUUUCGACUACAACGGUGUGCAAUACUCCAUCGUCAGCCCCAACUCUUACCCUGGUAACCAGUUUUACCAACAAUUCUACGUGCCAGCUGCCCAACCAUCGGCUGUUCCUCAAUACGUGACCAAACAAUUUUCCUCGGCGGCCGCUCCUGCUCAAGCUCAACAGGAAUACAAACAACAACAAUUUUCCGCCCCUGCACAAGCUCAACAAGUAUAUAAACCACAACAAGUCGCUACUCCCGUUCAAGUUCAACAAGAAUACAAACAACAAUUCACCGCCCCUGUUCAAGCCCAACAAGAGUACAAACAACAACAGUUCAACGUCCUAGCUCAAGCUCAACAAGAAUACAAACAACAACAACAACAAUACGUAGUGCCAUCCCCCGCAUACCAAUACGUCCAGCAGCCAGCUGCCCCCGCCGCCAACGGUCCCGCUGAUUACUCGUACGUUACUCGUCACCCGGCCACCACCGCCGCCCAGUUCAAAGCCCCGACAGCCACCGCCGCCGUCCAACCACAAUUUCAGUACAAUGCAUUACCGCAACAGUUCCAACAACAACAACAACAACAACCGCAAUACUAUUACACCGUGGCCGCCACCGAACAACCACGCGUCCAACAGUCAGCCAAGAGCCAAUUCUCGUCCGGAGUGAAAUCCACCACGCCCACCCCAUUAACUAAGGAGCAGUUUGCUUACAAGUUCGAAUCCUCACCACAACAACAACAACCAGGUUCCGCUUACAGCACGCUCAGAUACUCCGCUUAG